GCUAGCAUUUUGAUUCUCACUGGGUGGGUGGCUCUCCAUCUGCUGUGUUUAUCAACAGCCAAGAAAAUGUCUGCUCUAGAGAGAUGACCAGCUCUGCAAAGGUUUAAACACAGUCCUAAAAAGCUCACUUCAGGAUUUAUACAAUGCAGUGAACCAAAUGGGUCAUCGUUGCACCCAGGUCCUUUUCCUCGUGCUCCUCCAGGCCGUGCAGACGUUAGCUGAAGAUGGCUCCAUCGAUUGUGUGUGCACGGGCAAAGACUGCAUGGCACAGCAGUGCAAAGGCGAUCAGUGCUAUUCCUCCGUGACUGUCAGAGACGGCGUGCGCUUCCUCCAUCGCGGCUGCCUGAUGGGCGGCGACAGCAGGAGGCUGACCUGCUUGGCUUCUCCCUCGGCAAGUCUUGUGAUAGAAUGCUGUGCUCGGCCCAUGUGCAACGCCAACGCCUCAGUCGACUCGCUGACUCAGCUGCUGCUCAGAAAUCCAGAGGGAGAACCUAUGCGGUACAGGGUUGAGACUCUGGUACUGUUGGUCCUGGUUCCUUUCGCCGUGCUGGCGCUGCUUGCCAUGCUGGCUGUGCCCGUGUGCCGGCGUCUGCACCCGCGCCGACUGGAGCGACUGCACGAGUUCGACACGGAGCAGGGUGCCAUCGACGGGCUCAUCACUUCCAACGUGGGCGACAGCACCCUCGCGGACCUGCUGGAUCAUUCCUGCACAUCAGGCAGUGGCUCAGGUCUUCCGUUUCUGGUGCAGAGGACAGUGGCGCGCCAGAUCAGCCUGGUCGAGUGUGUCGGAAAGGGCCGGUAUGGAGAGGUGUGGCGGGGCCAAUGGCAGGGAGAGAACGUAGCUGUAAAAAUCUUCUCCUCCAGAGAUGAGAAGUCAUGGUUUCGGGAAACAGAAAUCUACAACACGGUUCUGUUACGGCAUGAAAAUAUAUUAGGGUUCAUGGCGUCGGACAUGACAUCCCGCAACUCAAGCACGCAGCUGUGGUUGAUCACACACUACCACGAGCACGGCUCGCUGUACGACUACCUGCAGCGCAGCGCCGUGUCUGCACCAGAUGCCCUGAACAUGGCCGCCUCGGUGUCUAGCGGUCUGGUGCACCUGCACGCCGAGAUCUUGGGCACCGAGGGCAAGCCGGCCAUCGCCCACCGCGACCUCAAGAGCAAAAACAUCCUGGUCAAGAAGGACAUGCGCUGCUGCAUUGCAGACCUUGGUCUGGCUGUCACUCACACCCAAGCGGACAAUCAGCUUGAUGUAGGUAACAACCCCAAAGUGGGAACCAAGCGCUACAUGGCCCCCGAGGUGCUGGACGAGACGAUUCAGAUGGACUGUUUUGAUGCCUAUAAGAGAGUGGACAUCUGGGCGUUUGGCUUGGUGCUGUGGGAGAUCGCCCGACGCACUUACAGUAACGGAAUCGUGGAGGACUACAAGCCUCCCUUUUACGACCUGGUACCAAACGACCCCAGCUUUGAGGACAUGCGCAAAGUGGUGUGUGUGGAGCAACAAAGACCCUUCAUCCCCAAUCGCUGGUUUUCCGAUCCGACGCUCUCAGCCAUGGUGAAGCUGAUGAAGGAGUGCUGGUACCAGAACCCAUCGGCCCGACUGACGGCGCUGCGCAUUAAAAAGACUCUGGAUAAAAUCCUCAGCUCAUUAGAGAAAGGCAAACCAGACUGCUAAACCCUUUGACUUUUAAGAAUAGUUUUUAUUUCUGGACUUGAUUUGGGAUCAGCUCGCUCACGCAUCACCAGAACUCUCGAAAACAUUUCCUGUUUGUUCUUUUGGAGCUGAGACGUUCAGGGGCGCUCAUGAUCCAGCUUGUUGGAGGAAGCUUUUUUUUUUUUUUUUUUUUCUCCUCCUAUAUAAAUUAUUUCCUGUCAGAGUUUCAAGAGAAAACAAGCUCAUGGUUUUAGCUCAUUUCACUCUCAUCCCAUGUUGAUACAGCUGCUGAUGGUGAUCGGGUCCUAGAUCUAAAAGGUAUGCAUUAUUUUUAAACAGGAGAGACAAUCUCACUGAAGAGGCGUGUGAAGCGGAACGCUGGAUGAAUUCCUCCAGUUUUUUUUUUUUUAAGCAGCCACUUUUCCAUCGCAUCAAUCACAACGCCCUAGGGAUCGAUAAUCCGCUUGGCGGUCUGGCUGCUUUACGCGCCUUCCCUUUUGGAGCGGUGACAUCACCGUAUCGUUACUUCCCCGUGCCUGCAUGAUAAAAGCCAUCGGAACGCUUGCGCAUCUUGCAGCAGCCUCUCUGUCUCUUCCUCAGCGCCUGCCUUUGGUCUUUUCUUACUCUCAGAUUGACAAUCGCGCAUUGCUCAAUUGCUCCUGCACUGUUAGGCAGCUUUAUAAAAAUAACAAUAAUCAUUAUUAUUAUUGUUAUUAAAUACAAGUUCUGUGUCCCGAUGCUGCAGCGCUAUUAUUAGCGCAUAAAAGUUUUUCCUCUCUCCUCUCCUUAAGCCUAAACGCUCUCCUCAAUGUAAGCGUCCCGGGUUUCGUUGUGAAUUUAUGCAUAGAAUAACGUGUGUUUCAAAAUGUGUACAGUGCUGCGUAAGCGUUUUAUAUAGGAAUAAUGCCUCAUAAAGGCGCCGUAAAUUAUUCUUGGUUGGAUUCUCAUUUCUGAUGUUUCCUGACAGCAGUCUCCAGUGUCAUUGCUUCCUCUUUUUUUUUUUAAUAUACAGCACAUAUAUAGAUACUGUAUAUAUCUAUCCAAGCUUUAUGUGGCAUGUUGAGUCGAGAGAGUUUACAGAUUAGCUUUAUAUCAGAGCUUUAGAUUGUUUCGUUGUGAGAAUCAGGGCUGAGACGUAGGAUUACCACUACACAUCAUGCAACUGUGAAUGUAUAAUGUAAUGUAUUUAACGAUAGGAAGACUUAAAGACAUACGACACGAUGCGGUUUUGCUGCGUUUCCUCCCCUAACACUACUUUUUCUUCUUCUUCUUAUCAGCACCGCGUGAGGAUAAAACAAUCCUAAGAAAACGCCCCAUGAACCACAAAACUUUCUUUUUUUUUUUUUUUUUUUAAGCUGUGUCCAGAAUGAAUAUUUAUGAAUUACACUACAUACUACUACCUUAAGUAGUAUACAUCACUUCUUCUAGCAUCUAGAAGGUCACCCUUUCGUCUGGUGACGUCUCUCACAGACACACACACACACACACACACACUCCUGCGCCAAAGGAAGCCUCGGGCAGUGGAAGCAGAUGGAUUUUUUUUUUUCUCUUCUAUUUGUGCCCGCAUUCCCCAAUCCGUUACACAGGAUGUGUGAAUUCAUUAUGCAUAUUUUACCUGCAAAAAAAAAAAGUUACAAAUCCCCCAUAAUAACCAAAAUAAUUCUCUUUAUUGCCUACAUGGAUUUAAACAUGGUAAGAAACAGACAAAGUACAGUGUAUUUACAGAAAUUACAAUAAAUCUCAUGCUGGGUUCAAAA